AUGAAGUAUGGAGUUUUGGAAGUUCUACUAGUUAGUGGGGAGGGCUUAAAGAAGACCCAUUUGCUAGGAUCAUCAAGCCAGUAUGUGGUUAUGCAAUGUGGGACUAAGACUUGCACAAGCAAAACUUCAACCGGAAAAAAUGAGAAAGUUUGGUGGAAUGAGAAAAUCACAUUCAAGCUCCCAUCAUCACAAUGGAAAGCUUUAACUCAACUCAGAAUAACAGUAAUGGAGAAGGACAAAUUCACACAUGACCUUCCAAUUGGUGAAGCAAUAGUUCAUUUGAGGGCCAUCUUGAGAGAAGGAGAAAAGAAAGGUCACAUGGAACUCAAGCCAGCUCCAUACAAUGUUGUUCUUAAAGAUGGUUCAUAUGAGGGAGAACUCAAACUUGGCUUCAAGUUCAUCUCAAAUGUAGAUGCAGAAUUUUUAGAUGAUGAGAAGAAUUUUCGACGAGGUUAA